UAGAGACUCCAGGCCAUCUCAGAAGCCACUGGCUAGCCAAGGGGCCUGCAGCCGUCCAGUGCUCUCGGCCUCCAGAACCAUGGGGUCGGGCCCACGCAGCCAGUCCUUGCGAGGACCACAGCCCACCUACGGCAAACUCCAGGAGCCCUGGGGGAAGCCUCGAGAGAGCAGACUGCGCAGGGCACUGAGCCUCACGCAGGGGCAUGAGAAGUCCAGGCCCUCCAUCGAAGGCUCAGAAAGGCUGGACAUGCCCAGUCAGGAGUGGCUGCCAGGGGGCCCGGAGGACACGGAGCGGCUCAUCCAGGCCCAGCAAGGAAAAAGGCAGCAGUGGCGGAAGCAGUAUCAGCAGCAGGUGAGGAGAAGAUGGAAGAGCUUUGUCUCCAGCUUCCCAGGUGUGACCCUGAGCCGGCAAGCCUCCCCACAGCCCCCUCAGGGCACCACCAGCUAAGGGUGUCGGAAGCAGUGCAGGCCCCUGGGGCACCCAGACGGCAUGGCUAUGUCUGUUGACCCACCACUUCUGGGCCUUCUGGACCCCUCUGCGUGGACCACUCGUGCCUCCCUUCCACGGUGCACCAAGGCCUCUGCCAUCAGCUCACCCGAGGGUCCUGUGAUUGCCCCUCGGCCCUGGCCCUCCACUCCAAGGCCAGCCUGCAAGGAAGACCCCAAAAGGGCUGCGAAGAAGGGGGCUCAUCUCUGUUUCCUGGUGGACUCUGCCCUCUGGGCAAGGGGGCAUCCCUGGGCAGUGACAGGUAUGAGGGCCUUACCUGCCUAGAAGUAGGGGUGUUGACACCCUUCGCCCCACACAAGCCCAGUCAUGAACUUCCAGGACAGAGCUCAGUGAAGCCAGACCCAUGGCUGAGAGGCUCUUGUCCCCCCACGCUCCCCACGCCCCGCCUGCCAGCAGCUAGUGGUGGGCGAGACGGGUCUCCCUCCCUGACAGCGAGCCCUCCAGGGGCAAGGACUGAGUCAGGGCACUUGUCAGUACCGGAGCUGUGUGGCUGAAAGGCCCAGGCCUGUAUGUGGUCACUUGAACCCUCACAGUGUCCCAGUGAAGGAAGCAGGGGAUGCCUUCCCUCCUUGUGUGACCGAAAUGGAAACUGAGGCCCAGAGUGAGGAAGGAAUUAUUGUUUUUGGCAUCUCUGGCCCCACCCACACCCAGUUCCCACCCUUGGGGCUGAACCUAGGAAUAAAGAUUGCCAAGCUGAAGUAAACUA